AUGGCGUCGGACAGCGACAGUGAGGAGGACUUUGUGAGUUUCGGGACUCCGUUAGAGCCUCUGGAGGAAGAUGAGCCUCUCAGGAAGCCCAUCCCUCUCCAUGAGCAGACAGUGAAGGAUGAGAAAGGACGAUAUCGUUUCCACGGAGCGUUUACAGGAGGAUUCUCUGCCGGGUAUUUCAACACCGUCGGUACUAAAGAAGGCUGGAAUCCGUCCACCUUUGUGUCGUCACGGCAACAGAAAGCUGAGAAACAUCAUGUCACACCUGCAGACUUCAUGGACGAAGAGGACUUCGGGGAGCACGGCAUCGCUCCGGCUCAGAUCAGCACCAGUCUCGAGUUCUCAUCGAGCCGAAGAGACGAAACUCGAGAGAAAGCGAGAGCAGUGAACGCUCAGUCGGCUCUGAUCGCUGGAGACACUCUGCUGGAGCAGCUGAUCGCACCUGCCAGGACGUCCAUCGGUGUGGAGCUGCUGAUGAAGAUGGGCUGGAAGGAGGGUCAGGGCGUCGGGCCUCGUGUGAAGAGGAGAGCUCGGAGGCAGCAGGAUGGAGGCAGAGUUUACGGCUGUUCGCUGCCCCCUGCUGGCUCGGAGGACUCAGAGGAGGACGAUGAGGAGUUUGCUCCGGAGAACGUGACCUUUGCCCCUAAGGAUGUGACCCCGGUGGACUUCUCCCCCCGGCUGGGUGUGCAGGGUUUGGGUUACCGCGGUCUGGACCCGGGUCUGGCUCUGCUGGGCCGAGCCGCCUCCGAACACAUCGACCUGUUCGACCCGCAGUCCGACAGCAGGAGCCGGCUGUUCGGAGACACUCGGAGGAGGAGGACGGGCGGCGUGGCCGGACAGGCGUUCGGGGUCGGGGCGCUGGAGGAUGAUGAUGAUGAAGAGGUUUAUCACAGAGACUCCAUGUCCAGAUAUGACACCGAGUUAGGAGGAGAAGAACCUGGAGACGGACUCUACGGCUGGACGGCUCCACAGCAGUACACCAAGAAAAAAGACAGAAGUAAAGAUGCUUCGUAUCUCGGCAAAAUCCUGGAGGGAUUCACUCUGUCCCAGAAAACAGUGACGGACAAAACAAUCUUCCCUCCUCCCUCUCUUCCUCGUGACUAUCGUCCGGUGCAUCGUUUCCGUCCCUCGCUCGAUGCGUCGGCGCUGUCGGGAGUCAGUCCUGCUCUGGCCGAAGCUCUGAGGACGUCCAGGGGCCACAUGAUCAAAGAGGAGCCUCAAGAAGGAGGACGGCACCAGCUGGACUCGGACCAGAGGAGAGCGAUGCUGGGAGAGGACACGCUGCAAGGUCCUUCUUCAGUCAUGGAGCUGCUGAGACCUGAAGACAGACACCGACUCUUCAACCUCCGCAAAUCCUUCAUCCCGCCUUCCACCCAAGCUGCUGCUGCACCGGGUUCCCAGGUUGCUCUGCAGCCAGCUGCUCUGAGCGGUGCGGCCUCCUCUUCCUCCUCCUCUUCCUCCUCCUCUUCCUCCCUCCAGCAGCAGCAGGAUGCUCUGGCAGCAUGGAGAGGUCAGAACGCCACACAGACCUUCAAACCAUUUGAGAAGAAUCCGAGCAAGCAGGCGCGUUACGAGCUCUACCUGAGCCGCCUCGGACAUGGAGACACAGACGCUCUGGAGCAGAGUCUGGACUCCGGCAUGACGGAGUGGGAGCGCAGCAGGGAGAGGGAGGAGUUUGUGCGAGCCUCCAUCCUGUACCGACCCACCUCCUCCUCGCUCUCCUCCCGCUUCACCCGAGCCAAGACCGAGGAGGACGCCGCCGUGGUGGAGGUCAACCGUGAUGAAGAGGGCGACGUAGACGACAAACAGGCCGCCGUCAAGAUGAAGAUGUUUGGAAAACUGACCAGAGAAACGUUUGAGUGGCAUCCUGAUAAACUGCUCUGCAAGAGAUUCAACAUCCCCGACCCGUAUCCAGGCUCAGGAAUGCUCGGCAUGCCGAAGGUGAAGAGAGACAAGUUCUCAGUCUUCAACUUCCUGACUGUGACGGAGAGCCGAGAGCCGACAGCUCCUCCAAAGCCUCCAGAGUCCAGCCGGAGGUCUCGGUGGGACAUGUCAGAGGAGGAGAAGAAGAAGAAGAAGAACGACCCUCUGAGUGAGCUGCUCAGUGAAGCACGAAACCAAAGUGAGACCAACCCGACCCAAACCUCCGAACCUGCAGAGGAUCCGGUGAAAUCUGAGAAGAAGAAGGGAGAUGAAGAGGAGGAGGAGGAAGAGGAUGAGAGCCGGCCUCCCAUGGAUCUGUUCAAAGCCAUCUUUGCCAGCUCCUCCGAUGAGAAGUCCUCCUCUUCCUCAGAGGGAGAGGACGAGGAUGAAGAUGAAAAGGACGUAAAGGAGGAAGAGACGAGAGUAGAGUCACAGUCUCUGAAGCUCUUUAACAUCAGCGCCACAGUCACACCUUCCUCUGUGUCCUCCUCCGUCCCAACAUCCAGCCAGCAGACGGCGGUCGUUUCCUCUCAGACCUCCAAACAGGAAGAGGAGGAGUUUGGUCCCAAGCUGCCGCCUCCUUCAGCUGCUCUCAUCAGAGGAGGCGCCACCUCCCUCUGCUCCCCCAGAGAGGAGGAGAGACCCAGGAAGAGGAGCAAGGAGAAGAAACACAAGAACAAGAAGCAGCACAAACACAAGAAGGACAAAAAGAAGAAGAAACACAAGAAGCACAAACACAAAGAGAAGCAGCAGAAGAAGAGUAAGAAGGAGACAGACAGCAGCUCCGAGGACAGUGAAGAAGAAGAAGAAGAAGAAGCAGGACAGGUGUCUACUGAUGAGCUGCUGAAAAGACUGAAGAGCAUCCGAUCACAUCAGACCUGGUGAAUCAGCAGGAAGUGUCCUCUGUGAGGACGACCAGAGAAACACAUCAGCUGACCUAUAAAUUCAUUCUAGAUACCAGAUCACAUGUUGAUCCUGUUUUCAAUAAUAAAAAGUUUAUGAUGAUUA